UGAGAAACAGCCUAUGGCACAGACAAGCCACACGCUGACGCAACUACAUACCCUUCCUACCUGACGAGCUUACUUACCCAGCGACAUGCUGAAGCGACAACGACCAGUCACGCCUCCGCCGUCUUCACUUGACUUUCCUACGUAUUUACCGGACAUACUGGCCAAAGGGCCACUUCCAAGUCCAGACCUAACCUCGAUAAGCGAGUCCUCUGGUAAAAGGCGACGGUUGGAGCGGCCAGACAGGGAGACGCUGAGAGGUUGGACACUGCCAUCAUCUGACGUUUCACACGGAGAGCACGGCGACGGCAAAGAAGACGUCGAACGAUCGAGCCAUGGUGACGGGGCAGAGGGGUUAUAUGAUGGUAUCCCUAACCAGAGCAUAUUAUCCCCGGGAGACGGGGGAUACAAACAGACGAAUAACAUCCUCCAUGAAGUACAUGUCCUCAACCAGCACAGAUUGGUAUUCUCCCCUUCGGAACGCCCACCCCAAAGUCAUGCACCCGAGAUAUCUCCACACUCCGUCCAUAUCCAUCCAAACUCUCAGGAAGCUGCGGAAUCUAGUUACGGCCUCCCGUCGUCAGCUUACAGGAAGUCACCAGUGGGAUCGAAUUCUUUCCAGCCUGUACAUCGCAUCCCGGCAGGCCAAUCAUGUUCUGCGAACGUUGCAGACGACCAUGCUGACCUGCAAGAGGCGCAGGCUGUGUGGGAGCACUAUGGAGGCACAAAUAAACUUCUGGGUUCCCUGUUCCUCUCUCGCAGGCGUGAACUUCAAGGGGCUUUCUACACCCUCGAAUCUUAGCGGUGCAAUUCCUUACGCUGCUCUGCUUUCUUGGCGAUCUCAAAUCAACAUGCCCCCUUGUAGCAGCCCUAUCCCGGUUUCCAGUCGUGUGCAAUGAUUGUAUGUGUUGUUCUCCUUUCAUCGGAUGGAGCUUAUCUUUCACUUCGCAUGUUAUCUUCAUUCUAGG